AUGUAUUUCUCUCUCUCGUUUAAGUUCAUUGUGAUCAUCACCCACUCCAUUACUCUAUUACCCCUCUAUUCAUCCCCCCACUCCAUUACUGUUACCCCUCUAUUCAUCCCCCCACUCCGUUACUCUGUUACCCCUCUAUUCAUCCCCACUCCAUUACUGUUACCCCUCUAUUCAUCCCCCCACUCCAUUACUCUGUUACCCCAUUCACCCCCCCACUCCGUUACUGUUACCCCUCUAUUCAUCCCCCCCACUCCGUUACUGUUACCCCUCUAUUCAUCCCCCCACUCCAUUACUCUGUUACCCCUAUUCACCCCCCCCACUCCGUUACUGUUACCCCUCUAUUCAUCCCCCCACUCCGUUACUCUGUUACCCCUAUUCACCCCCCCCACUCCGUUACUGUUACCCCUCUAUUCAUCCCCCCACUCCGUUACUGUUACCCCUCUAUUCAUCCCCCCACUCCGUUACUCUGUUACCCCUAUUCAUCCCCCCACUCCGUUACUGUUACCCCUCUAUUCAUCCCCCCACUCCGUUACUCUGUUACCCCUAUUCAUCCCCCCACUCCGUUACUCUGUUACCCCUAUUCAUCCCCCCACUCCGUUACUCUGUUACCCCUCUAAUCAUCCCCCAUUCCGUUACUCUGUUACCCCUAUUCAUCCCCCCACUCCGUUACUCGGUUAUCUCUAUAUUCAUCCCCCCACUCCAUUACUCCUCUAUUCAUCCCCCCACUCCGUUACUCCUCUAUUCAUCCCCCCACUCUGUUACGGUUACUCCUCUAUUCAUCCCCCCACUCCGUUACUCCUCUAUUCAUCCCCCCACUCCGUUACUCCUCUAUUCAUCCCCCCACUCCAUUACUCCUCUAUUCAUCCCCCCACUCCAUUACUCCUCUAUUCAUCCCCCCACUCCAUUACUCCUCUAUUCAUCCCCCUACUCCGUUACUCCUCUAUUCAUCCCCCCACUCCGUUACUCCUCUAUUCAUCCCCCCACUCCGUUACUCCUCUAUUCAUCCCCCUACUCGGUUACUCCUCUAUUUAUCCCCCCACUCCAUUACUCGGUUACUCCUCUAUUCAUCCCCCCACUCCGUUACUCCUCUAUUCAUCCCCCUACUCGGUUACUCCUCUAUUUAUCCCCCCACUCGGUUACUCCUCUAUUCAUCCCCCCACUCCGUUACUCCUCUAUUUAUCCCCCCACUCCGUUACUCGGUUACUCCUCUAUUCAUCCCCCCACUCCAUUACUCCUCUAUUCAUCCCCCCACUCCAUUACUCCUCUAUUCAUCCCCCUACUCCGUUACUCCUCUAUUCAUCCCCCCACUCCGUUACUCCUCUAUUCAUCCCCCCACUCCGUUACUCCUCUAUUCAUCCCCCUACUCGGUUACUCCUCUAUUUAUCCCCCCACUCCGUUACUCCGUUACUCCUCUAUUCAUCCCCCUACUCGGUUACUCCUCUAUUUAUCCCCCCACUCCGUUACUCGGUUACUCCUCUAUUUAUCCCCCCACUCCAUUACUCCUCUAUUCAUCCCCCUACUCGGUUACUCCUCUAUUUAUCCCCCCACUCCGUUACUCCGUUACUCCUCUAUUCAUCCCCCUACUCCGUUACCCUUCUUUGUCCACCUCUCUGCCACCUUUCUAUUCGCCCUUUCUUCAUUGGUCUCCCCAUUCUCCUUCUCUCUACCCAAAUUAAUCCACAAAAACAUAUUGUUUUUGUGGAUUCAAUUCUAUAUCCCAGCCCUCUGUACCAAUCCAGCCCUCUGUCCCAAUCCAGCCCUCUGUCCCAGCCCUCUGUCCCAAUCCAGCCCUCUGUCCCAGCCCUGCCUCAACCCAGUCCUCUGUUCCAGCCCUCUGUCCCAGCCCUGCCCCAAUCCAGCCCUCUGUCCCAGCCCUGCCUCAACCCAGCUGUGCCUCAACCUAGCCCUCUGUCCCAGCCCUCUGUCCCAGCCCUGCCUCAACCCAGCCCUGCCCCAACCCAGCCCAUAGUCCCAGCCCUGCCUCAACCAAGCCGUGCCUCAACCCAGCCCUCUGUCCCAGCCCCGCCACAACCCAGCCCUCUGUCCCAGCACUGCCUCAAUACAACCCUCUGACCCAGCCCUGCCUCAACACAACCCUCUGACCCAGCCCUGCCUCAACACAACCCUCUGACCCAGCCCUGCCUCAACACAACCCUCUGGCCCAGCCUCUAUUCUACUUCAGCCCUCCUCCAGUACUCCCUGGAUCCUGAGUGAGCCUCCACUCCCCCCUUCCCCUCAUGGCAGGUAUCAUGGACCCUGAGGAUACAAUUGUAACAGAACCCAAGGAUGAGGAUAUCUAACCUGAGGAUAGAAUCGGAACAGAACUGGAGGAUAGAAUUCUAAUGGAACCUGAGGAUAGAAUCGGAACAGAACUGGAGGAUAGAAUUCUAAUGGAACCUGAGGAUAGAAUCGGAACAGAACUGGAGGAUAGAAUUCUAUUGGAACCUGAGGAUAGAAUCAGAACAGAACUGGAGGAUAGAAUUCUAAUGGUACCUGAGGAUAGAAUCAGAACAGAACUGGAGGAUAGUGUUAAUUUAUCCAGAAGGUUCUGAUGCUGAGGAGCCAGAUGGGAUUCUCUUUGAGCCAGAGGAGCAACAAGAGGGAGAUGAGGAUGAUGAGGAGGAUAACAUCUUUGCCACAUGGAUGGGCCGCUACAAGAAAGCAGCAGAACAGGAGGACAAGGAUAAAGAGGUGGAGAAAAGAGGCAGUGAUAGAGGAGAGGAAGAACAGCUUCGAACGACAAGCUCCACCACGGGCAGACCGGCGGCAAUCACUACCCUGUCCAUGUAUAUAGGAGUGGCUGUGGGGGAAGCAGGUGUGUUGUGUGCAGGUGGUGCUCUUGCCAGAACCACUCUACUGGAGCUCCACUUGGGUUAAAGUACCCUGAGAACUACGUAGAACAGCCUAGAACUGGACAGAACCACUUAGAACUGGACCCAACCUCUCACAACUGCAUAUAGUUGGAAAGAACUGCCUAGACAGAACUACACCUACCUGGAAGAACUACCCAGAACUGACGAGAACCGGUGAAGAACUGCCUAGUGUUGUAAUGAACCUUGCAGAACUGCCUAGUGUUGUAAUGAACCUUGCAGAACUGCCUAGCGUUGUAAUGAACCUUGCAGAACUGCUUAGAUACCAACAUCACUUAUUUUUAUUUGACCUUUAUUUAACUAGGCAAGUCCGUUGAGAACAAAUUCUUAUUUUCAAUGACGGCCUAAGAACAGUGGCCUAGGAACACUAACUGCCUGUUCUGAAUCUAGAGUGCUGUGCUGAGAGAGAGACCUCUGUAUUCCCCCAAAUCCCAAUAAUCCAGUAUCUUUUAAUAUUGUUUGUGUGAUAGUGUAUGAGUGAAAUGUAUGGAUGUUUUUCCAAAGGUUUUACUUAUAAGAAUCGAUUCAACAUGUUUAUUUCAAGAUGUUGUUUGUUUAGUCAAAUAAGGGCAUUUACAUUUUUACAUUGUAUCCCAUCUACGUCUUUGUUUUCCUCUAGUCAUCCCCUAGUCAUUGAAUAAAACACUUGGUUGUUCUAAUUGUAAAAUGU